AUGAACGCGCUGGCGGGCGUCCCCGGUGGACUGAUGAAUUGCAACCCUGGCUCCAGCGGCAGCAGCAGCAACAUGGAUGUAAUGGAUAAGAUCAGAAACGUCAGCGAGCAGACAGAAGACGUCCUGGACCGGAUGAGCCGUCCGCUGAAGCCGUAUAUCCCACUGGUAGCCCGCACACUCCUCGUGUCCACGUUCCUCGAGGACGCCAUCCGUAUCGUCAUGCAGUGGCAAAACCAGCUGUAUUUCCUGCAAGCUUACCGCGGAUUCCCCUGGGGCAUCAGCCACUUCUUCCUCCUUGCCAACGUAAUAACCAUGCUGGUAUGCUCAACUCUGGCAAUUUUCCGUCGCCAAACAGAGUACGCAGUGAGUGGACUUUUUGCAGUCAUCGUCGUGCAGGGGUUUGCAUACGGGCUUAUUUUUGAUUUCAAGUUUUUCGUUCGUAACUUGUCCGUUGCCGGAGGCCUUUUGAUGUUACUCGCGGAGGCGCUUUUGGCUAGACGUCGGAAUGUAUUUGCUGGUCUGCCGAGUAUUUCGGAUGAGGACAAAUCCAAGUAUGUGUUGUUGGGUGGAAGGAUUUUGCUUGUUUUGCUUUUCGUCUCGUUUGUGUUUUCAGGUUCCUUCUCGGUGACGCGUCUGAUUGUUAGCGCUGUGGGCGGUAUGUCAUGCUUGAUGGUCGCUGUUGGGUUCAAGGCUAAGUGGUCUGCGAUUGUCCUCGUUACUAUUCUUAGCGUGUUUAACCUCAUGGUUAAUAACUGGUGGUCGAUUGACUUUAACCCGACUCACCGCGAUUUCGUCAAGUAUGACUUUUUCCAGACUCUGUCGAUUAUGGGCGGCUUCCUCUUGCUUGUCAACGUGGGUCCUGGCGGCUUCUCUGUGGAUGAGAAGAAGAAGAACUUCUAA